AUGGAGGACCGUGGGUUCAAGCGUUUUUCGGGCGAAGAUGAGGACGCCGGGAAGGCGCUGAAGAAGUGGAAAGCAUGGGCCACUGCCAAGAUGCUCACAGUGAAGGACCUGUCAAAGGCCCAACGUGGGCCGUGGUUGUUCACCCUGCUGGAUGGCAAGGCCCUGGAGGCAUGCGAGCACAUGACGUUGGAUGAGAUGUCAGCCGAAGAUGGCGACGCCAAGAUUUGGAAACUGCUUGCUGAUCGGUUCCCAGAGAAGGAUGGUGAGUCCAUGAAGGACUGGACUUCCAGGGUCACUGAGACCUUUGAGCGCUGCCGCCGGAAAGCGAAAGUGGACUUCCCCACUGAGGCCACCAACUCCAGGUCGAGACGGCCGACGGCUGUCAUGAUGGCAGAAGAGGAGCAAGUGCCAGAAGAGACCUUGCCAGAGCAGAGCGCUUUUGAGGACGUCGAGGCGUUCUUGGCCAACUACGCCUUGGCUCCUGGUCCUGACGAAGGGCCAGUUUCGGAGACAGAGGCUGCUGGGGCUUUGGCUGUGUCUUGGAAGGAGCGACGGCAAGAGAUCAGCAAGCUGAAUAAGAGCCGCCAGUUCCAGCAGGCGGACAUGGCGAAGAGAAGUUUUCGCGUCGAAGUGGAGGAGCUGAAGAAGAGGACAAAGUGCCACAAGUGCGGCCGAGUGGGGCAUUGGGCCCGCGAGUGCCGGGCUCGCGCCAAUGCCUCGGGCAGGCCCAUGGCGCAGGGCAAUGCGGCCAACUACACCUCGUCUUCAUCUACGGUGCCAGCCAAGGGAGGAGCUGAGACGCUCUAUGUGGAGGCCGACUUCUCCGAAACAGUGACGGACGAGGUCCACUUCGUGGGUGCUGCAGAGGAGGCCUUGUCAGCCAGCCUUGUGUCGAGUCCCGGGUUCGGGGUGAUUGACUCGGGAUGUGGAAAGACGCUCAUCGGCGAGGACACGCUGGAAGCGAUGAUCCCCUUGCUUCAAGGCCGUGACAUCGUGAAAAAGUCGCAGCGCAACAGCUUUCGCUUCGGAAAUGGCGCGCACCGGGGUGAUAGAUGCAGCGGUGCCAACAUGCUCGGGAUGGACAAGCCCGUGAACCUGCAGACAAACGCCGCUGGCCAGCUCUUGAUAGAUCUGGUUCAGUUCCCCUCAUCCACGAAGCCGAGCGCUGCAGUGUCCGCCGAGGCCCUGUCAGCCGACAGUGUGACAGGGAACGUCUAUGGGUUAAACGAUGCCCCCUUUUGGUGGUGGGAAACCUUUGAUUCCGAAGCCCAAGCCGCGGGUUUUGAGAGGUCUCAAUUUGACAACUGCGUAUAUUACUUCCGCGAACCCAAGAGCCAUGAACUCAGUGGAGUGCUAGGAGCACAUGUAGAUGACUCCAUUACCGGUGGAGAAGGCUUGGCGUACGAGGAAGCUUUGCGCAAGCUUCGUGCUCGCUUCCCCUUCCGAAGGUGGAGAAUAGGGGCUGGAGAAUUUUGCGGCGUCAACUAUGCUCAAGAUCCUGUGACGUCCUACAGUCAGAAAGAGUAUGCGCAACAUCUCCGACCCAUUUCCCUCUCCAAGGCUCGCGCCGCACAGAGGCAAGAGCCGGCUUCCGCGAGGGAACUUUCAGCUUUGCGAGGCCUCAACGGUGCCUCAAACUGGCCCGAUCUGGCGGUGCAAGUCUCCAUGUCUCAGCAGUCCUUUCCCAGCCCCAGGGUUGCCGACUUGCUGUAUGCAAACCAAUUGGUUCAAAGAGCUCGCCAGUUUCAAAGUGUCGAGAUCAAGGUUAAGAGCAUUCCCUUUGAACAGCUGUGCAUCUGCACACACAGUGACGCAGCCUGGAGCAAUGCCAAGGAGGAUCGCACACAGGCUGGAUCUAUCCUUGCCUUCACCGGGCCCGAACUCGUAGAGAAUAAACCUGCGCAGUGGAGCCCCUUUCACUGGAAGUCCUUUCGCCUGCGCCGUGUGGUGCCCUCGACACUUGGAGGCGAAGCCCAGGCGUUCUCCACGGCGUCAGCCGUCGCUGAGUGGAUGAGUUUGCUUCUGGCCGAAGCCCGCGCAGGAAGCUUCGACCUUCGGACCUGCCAACCUCAACUCCGUGCCACGAAGCUGGUUGGGGUGACUGAUUGUAAAAGCCUCUAUGAUCACCUGCACACCCUAUCCUCAUUGUCCGGUGUUCAGGAUAAGAGGGUUUGUGUUGACAUCGCCAUUAUCAAGCAAAGCAUGGAGAGAGCAGGACUCCAGGUCCGAUGGUGUCCGACCGAACUCAUGAUCUGCGAUGCCCUGACCAAAGACAAGGCUGACCCUGCAGACCUGCUGCGAGCCAUUCUCGAACUAGGAACCUAUCAAUUGUCACCUGAAGGCCAAAUCCUGAAGACCAAGAAGGCGAAUCGAGAGCGCCUCAAGGUAACCUUGCCAGAGACUGGCAACUUGAGGUUGUGGAUUCAUCGGCUGGCCCAGGACGGACACAUCACCAUCCAGAAUCCGCUUCUCCUUGACGAGGCUGGGCCUGGCUCAGUCCCAGGGGCCAUGACAGAUGCCAGCAAGAGAGUUUGUCCGUCCGAUGAGCUCAGUCCCUUUGAGCUGGUGGAGUCCAAAGGUUACCUUUCCACAGUCAACGUAAGCAGUGUGAAGAAGAAGACGUUCGCUACCCCAGCUGGUACCUCACCGACCACAACAGCCAAAACGGCCUUGCCCGAAGGCAUCGACAGUGUGACCGCCUGGGGCAAGACCAUGUGCACCUUGCCAAAGGUGAAGGAUCGAAAGGCAAGCUACGCUGAGCUCGCCAAUGAAGGCGACAAAAGCACCAUCGAGUACCUGACGUGGGUGUUGGACAACCGCUCCAAGAGUGCCAAGGUAGAAGAUUUUGCGGCGUACCUCUGUGCCAUUGCAUGGCGUGAGCCAGCGGGAUUUAAGAUCCCCGGCACCGGCGAAGUCCGUACCCUGAAGGGCUGA